CCUUUGCACCUCACAAUGCAUUUUCUACUGCUUAUAACUUCCUUAUUCUCAUCAUUUCUUCUAGUUAGUUCUUCUAUUGCAAAUUGUAAUUAUGGAGAUAUUGAAUACGAUGGAUACUGCUACACAUUUGUCAAUCAACGACUACUAUUUCCUGAUGCACAGACUCAUUGUGCAACUCUCGGAGGGGUCUUGGUGAGAGUUAGAGGCGAUCAGGAUGGAAGAUGGCUUGCUGCAAUCGCUGGCACAGAAUUCCACGCCACCUACGGCAACUUCUGGAUCGGUCUCCAAUUGGUCGAUGGUCAAUGGGAAUGGGAAGAUGCGAGCACGUCUACUUACAAGAACUGGGCUCCAGGAUACCCAUUCAGUGGAUAUGACUACGUUGGAGCACAAUUGUCCAACGCCAAAUGGGUUACUGUAAGAUCGUCGCUGAUGCUCCCGUUCAUUUGCUAUUACCAAAAAGGGCACAACAGGAAUCAACUGACAACACCAGCGCCAAGUCAAAAUCCCGGAGGAAUAUGCACCGGAGCUGAACUUCUAUUGGAGCACAGGUGUUACUCCUUCAUCCCGACCCUACUUCCGUACGCGGCUGCUAAACAAAAAUGCGAAUCAAUCGGAAAAACAUUGGCAAUUUUUGACGAUCAAAUGCAAAUCAAUUUUGUGACAUCUGUCUCCGUCUCAAAAUUCUCCAUGAACUACGGCUCUUUCUGGGUCGGUCUCACGAAGAAUACCGCUGAUAACACGUUCCACUGGGCUGAUGGAAAUGUGAAUUCACUUAAAAAUUGGACUCCCGGCUACCCAUUCCAACAUCAAACGGUUGUCUCCCAGCAAGUGUCAAAUGGAAAAUGGAAGACAUCAGAAACAGAUACACUUCUUCCGUCUGUUUGCAGUGGAUAUUUACAGUGAUAAUAAAUUGCAUAACAAAAGUGUCUUGGAUUAUGUGUAUAUUUAGGUAUUAGUAUUAAUUAUACGGAAAUAAAUUUGAUAACUUG